CUACGACUCUACGUUAGUUUCGUUAUGUCGAUUGUCCUUGUCCGCUCCUUAUCAUCAUACCGCUGAUAUUUGCCGUUCCGACAGGAUGUCUGCGGUAGCAACAGUUUUGAUUCGCACAGGAUCGAGCGGCACAUUUAGUAAAUGUCAUUCACUGGCAAGCACAUCUUCAGUUUGUAUACAAAUACUUGACUUGGUCUGGGGAAGGGAACGCCAGAGCUGAGCAACUGCUGGCUAAAACUGCAACAAAGGUUGAAGAGGUGGCAGCAGGAAUUGGCUCGUGCUUGUACCUGACUUGUUAGUCAUGACAUUCACUCGUAGCAACACAGACUACAACAACUACAAUGCCGGGCAACAACUAAGCGGGAAGAGAUAAUGAAACAGCUGCUUCGAUGAAGGAGCCUUGAAAGUAGCUCAGAGAUAACCGGCAAAAUAUAGGAGCUAUGAAACUAUGUCGGAUACCUGGUCGUUACAUCACUUCUUGCCUUCUAUUUUUUGGAAUGACAAUCAUUUCAUCGCACAAAUUUGACCUCGGAAUUGCCAUUGUCGCAAUGGUGAAUGGUACCCUUCAUUCUUCAGCAUCUCACAAUUCAAGCACUGACAACUCAACGCAGCUCGCAUCCACUGACGGUGUGGAACAUAAUUUGCGCAGAUUAUCAUGGUCUCCAUCCAUGCAAGGCAUCAUUUUAGGGUCAUACUUCUACGGAGUGAUUAUCCCGCAAGUGUUUGGAGGACGUUUGGCUGAACGGUUUAGUGCAAAAUGGAUGCUUGGAGGUGGUGUAAUGGUAUCUUCAAUGCUUUGCUCUGCAACACCCUGGAUUGCGACCUUAGGAGCAGCGCCUCUGGUUGUGCACAGGAUCAUUCUAGGACUGACUCACGGCCUGAGCAUGCCCGCUGGAGUGGCAUUAGUGGCUCAAUGGGCACCAAAGAAGGAACGCAGUACUUUUAUGGCUGUAUUAUACUGUGGUCGCUAUGUGGGAAUAGUCACUGCUAUGCUUCUUUUUGGUCAUCUUAGUGGCUUAUCUGUCGCUGGAGGAUGGCCAUUUGCAUUUUAUAUUUCAGGUGUCAUUGGCUUUGUCUGGUCUAUGCUUUGGUGUUUCCUCGGCUAUAAUGACCCUGCUGAGGAUCCUAAAGUUGAUGAAGAAGAACUGAGGAAAAUAAAAAGCAGCGCAUGUGUGGGACCACUCAAGUCGGAGCAGAAAAAAGCAGUACCCUGGAAGGCAGUGCUGUUAUCUCCACCUGUGUGGGCCUUAGUGGCAGCUCGUUUCUCCAACAUGUGGGUUUCCAUGCUCCUUUUUACCAAACUGCCUGCUUAUUUAGAAUCCGUUCUUCAGCUGUCUCUCAAACAGAAUGGAAACUUGAGUUCCCUCGUGUUUGCCUUCACCAUUCUUACCAUGCUGGGGUCCGGACUUUGUGCGGAUUGGCUACUACGACACGGACUGCGAACAACUUUAGUCAGGAAGUUAUUUCAGCUGACAGCUAAUUUGGGACCUGCAGCGUGCCUUAUAGGCAUAGCCAAUGCUGGUUGUGACCAAUGGCUCGUGUUGUGCUUUCUCAUCAUCGCCAAAGUAACCCUGGGCACCUUCACGGGCGGGAAUGUGCCAGCAGUGGUAGAUCUGGCACCGAUGUAUUCUGCGACACUAAAUGGGAUGAUCACAACGUUUGGUCAAACAACAGGUGUCCUGGCUCCACUCGUGGCAGGGAUGAUGACAAAUGAGACAAAUCCAGAGUCAUCAAUAGGAUUGUUGCAGCUACUCUGGGCUCGAGUGUUCUACCUGUCAGCAGGCAUCAGUAUUGCUGGAGGACUUUUAUUUGCUCUUUUUGGCUCAGCUGAUAAGCAACCAUGGGGUGAUAAUCAGUAUGGAAGUGUCUGCACUGAUUCAGCUGAAGAAGGACGUGCUGGAAAAUAUGUAGCACCACCAUCAGAACUGAAGACAAUUGCUGAAAAUGCAUGAAAUGUACCAGGCAGCAGUUUAUUUACAAGCUUAAUCAGAAGCUGGAUUGCUGCAUUUUGUUAUUACGGUGCUUCAUCACGUUGGGGGUUGACAUGUGUUCCCCUGUAUGAGGCUUUUCCUUGUAACGUUGUCUGUCUGUGAAGGUGUGCGUUUUUACUUUUUUUACAAUGUACAAAUAUGUGGUGUUGCGCUGAUCUGAACUUAUUUUAACUUUGCUAGGUUUUAGAUUUUGUAUUGCCAUCAUUAUCAUCACAUUCACGUAACAUCCACAUUAUACAGUGCCAAACACAGUGAUGUGAAUGAAACGAGAAAUGGCCGCCUAACACACCAGUAACAGUAACACUCAGUACCUUGUAGAGGUGUGCGAAUAUUGGAAAUUUCGAAUACGAAUCGAAUAUUUGCGAUAUUCGAUUCGUAUUCGCAUUCGAAAAUUUGAUAUUAGAAGUUUUCGAAUAUUCGUAAAAGUUUGAAUAUUCCAUAUUUUUUGAAUAUCAAAGCAGCUUAUUACAAAGCUGUUGCGGGCGACGAACAUGCAUAGUAGAACAGCUGCAAAGCGACGCGCAGAUCUUCCGAAUGCAUCGCUAUACGUUCGGUAACCGAAACCGAAACUAGUACGCAGUUGUGUGCAGCCGCCAUUUUGAAGUCUGCCCCAGCGAAACCGCGGUACGUUUCAUACAUCGUCAGCACAGUCGCGGCUUUAGUGGAUUGCUAUCAUAUGAGGCCUACAGUUCGGUGAAAUUACGGUUAAACAUCGUAGUUUUGUUGGCGUUGAGCUGAACACCGCUGUUCACCGUCCCAUUGCAUGCACAGCCAAAACCUGCGUCUCGAAUGCGUUUUUUCGGUUUCGAUUUGUGGUUGUAAGUGAUAUAUGAUAGAAUCAUGGUCGCGUGCGAUGACGGCGAUAAUUGAGAAGUGGGAUGUGUUGAUAUUUCGACAUAGUUUCUCCGACUCCGGCGCUCUGCGACCGUAUGAAAGUGCCAACUAGGACGACGAUAACGCUGCAGUCAUUUGAAACUGCACUAAGUCUUGUUACAUGGAGCGAUUUUGCUCGCGACUCACGCGCGUCGUCGUCGGCGCGACAAAGUUUGAGGACCGCGCGCAGAUUUUCGCCGUAAAAUGACAGGAUCGCUGAACACGAACGUUGAGGAAACAAUCACGCGCGAUACAGCCAUACAACAUCGUCGAGGAUCGCAGUUUUACUGCGCUAUACUAUAAUGCAUGAGGCAGUUCCAAACUAUGCAUUACCGUCAGUAACGAUGGUCUCACGUGAGAGCAGUUUCUUGCCUUCACGACAAAUGCGGAAGGCAUUCUCAAUGCAAGAAGAGACCACUUGUCACCUUCAUUUUCCUUCUGAGAUGCUCAUCACUAAACUAUCCUAUCUUUUCUUCCAUUCUGUCUGUUUCACCAGCACUUUACAGUGCCAACACCACUGUUCGUGAAAGAUCUUUGAAAUCAAAGUUUUUUUACAGUUUUCAACUUGCCUCAUGCCUCAGAAGAGCACACUGUUUCGUUGUAAAAAUAAUUUUACUGUACAUGUGCAUAUAAGCAUGUAUGCCCUAUGCUAAGCCAAUACAUUAAUACAUAUUCCUCAUUAGCACUUGGGACAUUUUUCUAAAGACCAGCAGAACGCAACUGCGAUGAUGCUUGUUUUGGGGGCUUAACUAACUUAAUUGACUCUUAGAUGUCGUUAUGCUAUGAUGUGAUAUUUGAUAUUCGAAGGACAAUUUUGUAGAUAUUCGUAUUCGAAAAUUUCAGUAUUCGCACACCUCUAGUAUCUUGUUAUUUCCGUUAUGCUUAACGAUGCUUUUAUACGAUGCUCUUAUUAUUCUUGAACCAGCAGUGAACCAGUUUGCGAACCAGUUCGAUUUUUGGCAUGGCCGAACCUGAACUGAACCGGAACGAAAUCCAACCACUGAGAACCCAAACCCGAACCAAACCCGAACCAAACCCGUAUUUUUUGUGGUGCGACACCCUGCAUAACAUCAACAUUAAACAGUGCCAAACACAGUGUUGCCAAUGUGAAAAACAAGAAACAAGUAAAACACCCAUUCUCUUGCCAUAUCUUGUUAUUUCCGUCAUGCUUAACACCGACACAUCACUGUGGGUCUGCAGUCUUUUUCUGAUGUAACAUUCAGAAUUUGUCUGCUUUUACGCAGUAUUUAGUUGUAGCCUAGAUGUAGCUUAGAUGUAGCCUAGUUGAUAAAAAAUUGUCUUCUGCCCAGUGUUGCCGAUUUAGUUAGUUCUACGAGAGAAAUCUCUGAACCGCGAGCAUGCUGAAAUUUUCUUAAUAGGAUAUGUCCGUGGUUUCUCAGUGAAAUAUGCAUGGCGCUUGUGUAUUGUCCAGCAAGCAAACUCAUGUGAUAUGCUUCGUAUAUUUCAAUAUCUGACAAUGAUAAGCACACAAAAGUGACAUCUAGUACCUUGGACACCCGUGGUGCAGCCGAAAUGUGUCCUACUUAGGGACAGAAUACGACGGAAAGCUUCAAUUGAUGCUCAUUAUAUCUCUCUCUACCCACUCUUCACUUAUAAAUAUUGCUCAUUUUGGAGCUUUUCGAGCAGCGUGCUGCUUGCUUGAGAGGAAUUAAGCUCGAGGACUUGUUUCUCAAGUGUCAGCCCACUUUUGAUUGCCUUGGUGCUGUGCACGUACAAAGACAAACCGAAGACAGGUGCUCACACUAAAGAACAAUAUAGCCUGACGGUACCCCUUUUUGGACUCUAACAACUAAAACAACAAAAUGACACCAGUAUAAAAAGAAAAAAACUAAGAGGUAAAAAUCGAGGGCAGAGGCUCAUUUUUGGCCUUUUCGGUGCAGAGGUUGAGAUAAUCUGCCAGGCCUCUGUCCAACUUAACAGGGAAAUCCCUGCCUACUUCCGGGCAGAGAAGUUGGUCCCCAUGAAUUUUCACCAGGAGCCCGCCGGUGCAAUGAAAUGUUGUCCUAGGUAGGGAGGUGUCCAACUUCGGAGGUUUUACUGUAUCUGACAAUCAUAAGCGCAUAAAAGAUACAUCUAUAGCUACAUAUUGGGUACCUGUAGAUUUUAACAUUUGUAUCCCCAAUUUCCCAUGCGUGGGUGGGUUUACAAUCUGUUACGUACCAUGUUGGCACAGAGCACACAUUCAACGCACUUUCAAAGUUUUUUGCGUGUUUGUUACGAUUUAUGUGUAAAAAGAAAAGUGGAGAUGGACCACCUGCUUGUAAUAUAUUAACACGUUCACCUUUUGUACACCUCUACGGGACAAAUUUGCAAGGUGCUACGCAAAGUGUCUGCGCAUGCUACACAAUGUUUCCAUUGAUAUGCAACUGUUCCACACUUGUGUUGUGCAUUUUACGUAAGAAAUUGAGAGAUGAGUGCCGCAGGUUCUCUAAAGAAGGUGUGUUCAUUUGAAACAUAGUACAAAGUACAUUGCCAGACUGCUCCUAUAACACAUUUUAGUCACAAAUAUAUUUAUUAGUCAUCAUCAAUAGAUUUACUAUUCCCCCGUCUAUUGUUCAAGAUUACAAAACGCUGUCAGCAUUUCUUCAGUCAUGCAUUUGCCCGCAUUGGCGUGCAUGGGAAAAACGAGUUCCUGUCAAGUAGGCAUAAGACCCGGCUGUAGUGAGUGUUGCUCAACAAACAAAUGAACAAAGUCCUCCUAGGGGAUGGUCUGGUAAAAUACACCAACAGACUACGCAUUUCUUAAAAAAAAAAGAAAGUAUAGUCUUGCAACUGACAAGAUGCGGCACGUAGCUUAAAAAUCUUAAGCAGUCACGCGCAUUUGGUAUGUCUACACCAGUGAUCUGCUGUGACAGCUUUGAUGGUUGUGUCAAAUUUAGGAAUGGUAUGCAGCGAGAGCACCUCGCAGUAUUUUGAGUUUCAUUUCACCGUGGAGAUAAAAUAUGCUAUGGAUUAGAGUGAGUUGAGUAGCAAUAUAAGACUCUCCUUUUUUUUUUUUUUUUUUCUUGUUGUUAGUGGCUUGCGCUUUCGGAGGUAAAAUGUUCCGACAACGUACAUUGAACUAGAGUUAUGUAUUUAUGAAAAAUACCUCAAGUGCCUGUAAGGGCAUCUCAUAAAGGGGGACACAAAGCAAGCGAACUGGCACGAGGAUGAAGAUCCUUAGAAAGCUCGAAACAAAAAAAGAUAAUCCGCAAACUGAUGACUGUGUCGCUUCCUAGUUCCUGCGAGAUCAUGUUCAGCAGCUGCCAUGUAUUCAGCACACAAAUGUCAAAUAUUUUCUCUCUGAGAUAGUUGAAAUAAACAUGUCUCACAGGAGAA